AUUCAACCCUUCAAAAGGCUUUGCAAUUUCCUUUACCUCUUAGCUUAGCUUUUUGGAUUCAACAUAUACAUAUACAUACAUACAUUUAAGUUUUUUUUUUUUUCUUUUUUAAAUUUUAAAGCUUUCUAAUCAUUUUAUUCUGAUCGCUAAAAAUUUUUCCUUCUCCCGUAUUUUGAUCGUGUUGUCAAUAGAUUAAUUUUUUUUUCACAUUAAUUUCCCUAUGGAAUUUCAAAAUGGUACAAGUAAUGGUCACACUUUAUGUGCCCAAGACCCAUUGAACUGGGUGAUGGCAGCCGAGUCGCUAAAGGGCAGCCACUUCGAGGAGGUGAAGAAGAUGGUAGCGGAGUACCGGAAGCCGGUGGUCCGGCUCGGAGGCGAGACCUUGACCAUAUCACAAGUGGCCGCGAUAGCGACCGGUGUCAACACCGGGGUGAAGGUGGAGUUGGCGGAGGCGGCCCGGGCCGGCGUCAAGGCGAGCAGUGAUUGGGUGAUGGAGAGCAUGAAUAAGGGGACAGAUAGCUAUGGGGUGACAACUGGAUUUGGUGCAACUUCACAUAGAAGGACCAAAGAGGGUGGUGCUCUGCAGAAGGAACUCAUUAGAUUCUUGAAUGCUGGAAUAUAUGGAAAUGGCACUGAAUCAUGCCAUACUCUUCCUCAGUCAGCAGCAAGGGCCUCAAUGCUAGUUAGGGUCAACACCCUCCUCCAAGGCUACUCUGGCAUUCGGUUCGAGAUCCUAGAAGCCCUUACUGAGUUCCUCAACCACAACAUCACCCCAUGCUUGCCCCUCCGUGGCACGAUCACUGCCUCCGGUGACCUUGUCCCACUAUCCUACAUUGCUGGGCUUUUGACGGGGAGGCCCAAUUCCAAGGCAGUUGGGCCCAACGGAGAAACGCUCAAUGCAACCGAGGCCUUCCAGCUAGCUGGCAUCAAGACCGGGUUUUUUGAAUUGCAGCCCAAAGAAGGCCUUGCAUUAGUGAAUGGCACUGCAGUUGGAUCGGCCCUAGCUUCCAUGGUUCUCUAUGAAGCCAACAUCCUUGCCAUACUCUCUGAAGUUUUGUCAGCAAUUUUUGCCGAAGUCAUGCAAGGAAAGCCCGAAUUUACGGACCAUUUGACCCAUAAAUUGAAGCACCACCCUGGCCAAAUUGAGGCAGCAGCUAUUAUGGAACAUAUUUUAGAUGGAAGCUCCUAUGUCAAAGAAGCCCAAAAAUUACAUGACAUUGACCCCCUUCAAAAGCCAAAACAAGACCGGUACGCCCUCCGAACAUCGCCUCAAUGGCUAGGCCCGCAAAUUGAGGUCAUCCGCACAUCGACGAAGAUGAUUGAAAGAGAGAUAAACUCGGUGAACGACAACCCGCUAAUCGAUGUAUCGAGGAACAAGGCCCUACAUGGUGGGAAUUUCCAAGGGACCCCAAUUGGAGUCUCAAUGGACAACACUCGCCUAGCCGUCGCUUCGAUUGGAAAACUCAUGUUUGCCCAAUUUUCCGAGCUUGUCAAUGACUUGUACAACAAUGGGUUGCCUUCAAAUCUCUCCGGUGGUCGAAAUCCUAGCUUGGAUUACGGAUUCAAAGGUGCUGAAAUAGCCAUGGCUGCCUAUUGUUCUGAACUCCAAUUUCUAGCCAAUCCGGUGACCAACCACGUCCAAAGCGCCGAGCAACACAACCAAGAUGUGAACUCCCUAGGCUUGAUCUCUUCAAGAAAAACAGCUGAGGCUAUUGACAUAUUGAAACUCAUGUCAUCCUCAUUUUUAGUAGCUCUAUGCCAAGCCAUAGACUUGAGGCACAUAGAAGAGAACCUAAAGAACACAGUCAAGAACACAGUAAGCCAAGUAGCCAAAAGAGUCCUAACAAUGGGCUUCAAUGGAGAGCUUCACCCAUCCAGAUUCUGCGAAAAAGACUUGCUCAAAGUUGUCGAUAGAGAACACGUUUUCGCAUACAUCGAUGACCCAAUUAGCAGUACCUAUCCAUUGAUGCAGAAGCUGAGGCAAGUCCUUGUGGAGCACGCUCUUUUGAACGGUGAAAGAGAGAAGAAUUCAAGCACUUCAAUCUUCCAAAAGAUAGGUGCAUUUGAGGAAGAACUAAAAGCCCUUUUGCCAAAAGAAGUUGAGAGUGCAAGGCGUGAUGUGGAGAGUGGAAAGGCAGUGGUUGGAAACAGGAUUAAGGAAUGUAGGUCAUACCCAUUGUACAGGUUUGUGAGGGAAGAGUUAGGGACUGGUUUGUUGACCGGUGAGAAAGUCAGGUCGCCGGGGGAGGAGUUUGACAAGGUUUUCACGGCUCUCUGUGGAGGGAAGUUGGUUGAUCCAUUGAUGGAGUGUUUGAAGGAAUGGAAUGGAGCUCCUCUUCCAAUUUGCUAGUUAGUUAAUUAGGAUGUUUUAAUUAAAUUGUUAAUUAAUAUUACCACCAUAUAUAAAUUUGUGUAUGUGAACAUUACAUUUAUGGUUCUUUUCUGUAAGUUGUAAUCUUUUAAAUGUGAUCUCAAACUGUUUAUGAAGAUUGUAUUUUUGUUCUUGAA